AUGGCUAAUAAAGGAACUAUUCAGGACCUUGAUGAGUGGCUCCUUAAGCUGGACAAUCUGCAACGGGCUCUAAAGUCUUGUUCUUCGAGUCAACCAAGACGUCUUCAAUCCCCACUAGUUCUUCCUAGAGAACAAUCAGUUGACGGAAUGCUUUUCCAACCAGUAAGAAGUGAUAGACCCCUUCCAGCAAUUCACUAUCAUCAGCCUCAAACCCCACCCACAGUCUCUCCUCAACGAAGAUGCCCCCAACCACCCGUAAGGAAGGUUUUUCCAAGUGCCACUGAUCCACCUCAAAGGAAGUUUGGACCCUCCGUAUCUCCUGUGCAUCAUUACUUUCCUGGAGAACAAUUUCCAAUGCCAAAUAGGCAUUCAAAUGGAAAUAUUGAUUUUGAACAGAACGGAAAUAAUACCCAGUUGCAACAAAAUCAGCAAAAUUUGCAGCAACAGCCGAAACCCAAAUCUGUUCGAUGGUCAUCAGAGCCUAUGCUGAGUCCUGUGGAUAUGCCCGACAUCCCACCCCCUCCGGCAUUCACAAAUGGUUGUCAAGAGUCGGAACCAAACGACACAAUUCUGGUUCAACAGGAAAUACCAUCUCCUACUAUGCAACACUCACCAUUACCACUGUGCCGUAACGGAUCACCAGCUACGGAUCGCAGUUCACUCCAAUCACAGGAUACCUACAACACUCUCACAAGAGGUCGAUCUCCCCAACCAAGUUAUUGGGUGGGUAAUCUUCACUUCUGGAAGAGUUUGCAAAACAGAGAAGGCGUGGACUCGUUGAACUCUCGAACUCAAAAGGAUAGUGAACAAGAUAAGAAGGUCGUUCUCCGAGUUCACCAACCGGAUCGGACCACCAAGGCAGUGUAUGUCCAAUCACAAACAGAUGCCGGUGAGGUGGUGCUGAUGCUUGCGGCCAAAAACUUCCUUCCCCUCAGCACAAAAAUGGCACUUGUCGAAAAGGUGCCCUCAAUGAAGUUGGGUAAGAUACAGCUUCUAGAAGCCCUGCCCUCGUCUUUCACUUCAUCUCCACUUAACAGUUGUCUAAAUUGA